AUGCCUCACUCCAAGAACCCCGAUCCUGCUGCCAAGCAACAGCGCUGCCAACCUCAGCAACCUUCCAAGCCUGCCCUCCCAUCUCUCUCUGGUACGCCUCCCUCUGGACCUGUUCAGCACGAUACCAUCCUCGAUGGUGGUCCCCCUUAUGAACUUCUUGCUCAGCUUCCUGCUGAGCUCCUCGCCAAGUUCUACAAAGCCCACCCUUUGGCUUCUUCAGACAAGCACUAA